AUGAAAACCGCCGAAAACGAACUUCUGGAUGCGGCUCUCUUCCUGUGGUUCCUUCAGAAACGUCACAUUGGAUUUCCACUCUCGGGCCCGAUCAUCUGCGCCAAAGCUCUGGAACUCUAUCCGAAGCUCGGCGGAACUCGAGAUUUCCGAGCUAGCAACGGUUGGUUGCAAAAAUUCAAGAGUAGGCAUGGCAUCCGUGAACUAGAAGUACAAGGGGAAAGUUUGUCAUCAGACGCAGAAGCAGCUGGUCAAUUCGUCAUCAAAUUCAGAGCUGCUCUGAACAUCGGAACUUUCGACCCUGAAUUCAUCUAUAAUGGUGAUGAAACAGGACUGUACUACAGGGCGCUACCAAGCAGAUCGCUAGCAGCGCGCAAUGAGCGGUCGGCGCCGGGACGGAAGGCGAGCAAGGAUAGGGUGACUGUUAUGACAUGUGCCAAUGCCACAGGCAAUCACAGGAUCCCCAUUCUAUUGAUCGGAAGGUCUCAAAAUCCAAGAUGUUUUCGAGGAGCGAGCAUCCCGCUUGUUUAUCGAGCGCAAAGAAAAUCAUGGAUGAGUCGAGACAUUUUCGUUGACUGGUAUGAGAACACUUUUAUCCCAGCAGUCGAAGAACAUCAGAAGAUCAUAGGCAAAGAAGGAAACGUAUUGCUCAUUUUGGAUAAUGCUCCUUCGCACCCGCCGCUGACGACCAUGGAGACCAAGAACGGAAAAUUCACCGUCACAUUCUUGCCGCCGAAUGUAACUGCUAUCCUUCAACCGAUGGAUCAAGGCGUCAUUGUCGCCCUGAAACGUUUAUACCGUAAACAGCUGAUGUUCAGGAUGCUCUGUCUUAUCGAGAAUGACGCAGCGGCGGCGUCAGGGAACCUCAGUAAGUUAAUUGAUCUCAAAGAUUGUUGCUUGAUGCUGUCUCAAGCGUGGGCUUCAGUGAGAACCUCAACCUUGCGGAAUGCCUGGAACAAGUUGAUGCCAAUCGGCUUCGGAGGAGAGCCUGCUUUCAUGGACGAUUCGUUUGAAAUCGCAGUUCUCGGGGAGAACUUGCGACAAGAUCCAAGAUUCGCCGAAUGCGACGCGACUGACAUAGAGGAAUGGUUGGAUUGCGACUCGGAGGAAACUGGCAACCAAAAUCUCAACGACGAAGAAAUCAUCGAACAAGUGCUGGCAGCUUUUGGUGAGGGAGAAGGCCCGCAGGAAGAUUUCGAGGAAACUUCGGAGGAUGAAGAGGUCUCAGACACUCUCUUCGGGCUCCGUCCAACCCCGAUGCAGGCGGUAGAAGCCUUCGACACGGCAAUUCGAUGGUUGCGUGGUCAGGAAGAGUGCGAAGCCGAGGAUCUUCUUCGACUGAUCCGUCUUCGAGAUGUAGCGUCUGUGCAUGGGAGGAACUGA